AUGAAAGUUAUAUCCCUUCUCCUCUUCCUGAGUGCCAGUCUCACCGCUGCCUCCCCUCUAAAACCCCGUCAAGAUCGCGGCUCCUACACCGUCCCGGGCCUCGGAUCACGCAAGCAAGCCGUGACAUCCGCCGGCGGCACGUCGCUGGACCUCGCAGUCGCGAUGCUAGAAACGGACGGCAUGACUACCGACUACGCGUACGGCGACAACAAGUCCGGCGACAGCGCCAACUUCGGCAUCUUCAAGCAGAACUGGGGCAUGCUGCGGGAGUGCGCAAGCCGGUUCCGGGGACAGUCCAACUAUGACUAUAACAACGGCAAUGUGCUAAACUGGGACCUCAACGCCGACGUCACCGCCCGCCGCGAGUGUCAGAACUACUACGGCUACGACAAGUGGUUUGCCGGCCACCGUAACGGCGCUUCCGGCCUCAGCAACCCGAACACGCAGGAUAUUACCAACUACAAGACCGCGGUGCAGUGGAUCCAGAGCCAGAUUGAUAGUGAUUCGCGGUUCAGAACCGAUGAUACCAGGUUUUGGGUGGACGUACCAGCGAUCUGA